AUGGCUAAUACCCGUCUGAUCAAUGCACUCCUGCAAGUUCACUACAAGAGGGCCUACUUCUUAUCGGCGUUUAGGGCACAGUUUUGGAAGCCUGGCGCGCAGGAGAUAUACUCGCCACGUACAUUUUUUGACAUGAAGCCCGGGAUUGACAAAGAUGUCGAGCAGUUCAUCGUUCGACCCAUCCAGAGGGCUUAUCCAGCAUCUGCUGUGCUGAGAACUGCGUUGGCACAGGUGAACUUGAAGCCCCUCCGUAAGAUGUACACGCAGACUAUCACGAGCGUGGCACAGAAAAUCGCAAGUGAUGCAACGUUUGAAAAAAGUUUCGCUCCUCCCGCUGCAUCUGCUUUAGAUGAUAAACUGUUGCAGAACAUAUUCCCUGAUGCUCCUCUCCAGGAACAGAGUCAUGCCAACUGCAACGAAAAGUUGAUGGCAGCAUUAAUACCUCAGAUGAACAUUCCUCGCUUCAACUGCCUGGAAGAUGCACGGCGAAGAUGUUCCAUCCUCUCUGGUUGGUUCGAUCUCGUAUAUCCACGCAAGCCUGGGUCGCGCUAUGGAAUCUGCGCGCUCUCAGCAGUCUCGCAAUUUAUUUGCGUAUGCUAUUCUCUUCAUCGACACGAUAUGAAUACUUUGUGGGCAAAAAUAGACGUAAUCCAACAGUCGACUCGGGAACUGGGAGUAAGAGGAGCAGGCCGUGGGCGGAGAGACGGUGAUGGUCAGGAAGACCAAUGUCAACAAGGAUCAACACGCUACUUCGUCAUGUCUUCCGAACUUAGGUAUACUGCUAAUACACAGCUAGAGCACCUCCACGCACGUUACACCGGCACUGGUCAUGCCGAUUUGUCAAAAUACGAAUGGCUCACACACCAGCACCGUGACACACUCUCGUCGAUCGUCGGUCACCCGACACUGGCUUCUUACCUAGCGAUAGCAGACGGAGAGGCGAUUGGGAGGAUUAAGUUUGAGAUGACAGAGCGGAUGCUGCAGCCGUGCGGGCCUCCACCGAAGAAGGACGACGAUUAA